AUGGAUAUGCUCAACAAACAAGAAGAAAUGAAAGUUAUUGAUUCCAUGAGCCAUCAAAAUGGGAUGAAUACGUGCGAUUUCGGCCACCGUGAAUUUUGCGUAGCGGAGGCCAAAGAGCGUCCUUGUAAGGUGUUCAUUUUGGGAGCGGAUGUCGAAGUUGUCCUAAGAAUGAGGCUUAACCGCGCCACCACUGAACGUGGUGGCGUGGCUCCCAGAACUGGCAGUCACACCCUUACGGGCUUGCGGGCUCCCUUGAGAGGCACGAUGUCGCCUGGAUUGCGUUCAGCGUCACGCACUCUCCGGGAUCGAUCUCGAUCACCAGUGAGCCGGGGUAACACACCUCAACGAGGUGGGGCUAUGUCUGCUGGCAUUGGCCUCACCAACCGAGGUGCGGGAGAAGUUGGAGAUCGACUCCAAUCUCCCAUACUUGGAGCAUCCGCUUUGGAAUUUUUUGAAGGUAUAGCGGAAUCGGCUGGAUUGGAUUCCGAACAUGCCACAAUGGCUCGCGCCCAAUGCGAGAUGGUGGCAGAUAAUUGUAUGAUAGCUGAAACCGUCAUUAACGCGCGUAUCUUGAUGGAGAUUACCAAGCUUUUGAAUCAGGUUGAGGCAGUGUCCAACCUUGCCAAUAAGGUGGAAGAAUUGUCCAAUUUGGCCGAGAAGGUCAAUGAUGCCAACACCCACCUCCACGAUCUCACGGAGAGUGUUCAGCACUUGGGUACCUUGGUCUCCCCUGGGGCCGCGGCUCAGCCAGCUGUGCCAGUGGUACCGGUUGUGCCAGGACGUCCGAUCCUGCGCAAACGCUGGACCGCGUCAUCUGAACUCUUGGCUGAAAGAUCAACUUGGCAGAACUUAAUCAACCCGAUGGCGUUGAAGUUCCUAGGCAACCACGAUUUUCACACGCUCUUGUCAGGAAUUCACGAUUCCAAGACUGGAGAAGUUUUCGACCAAGCCGUGCCCGAUAUCAAGACUUUGAUGUUCCAAACCUGUCAUACCCUUGCAGGUCGUAACAAGGAAGCACUUUGGGUGGCGAGCACUUCUCACAUGCGAGCCCGGGCGGCAUAUCUGCGUCGCGAAGCAGCUCGCAUCUAUCAAAGAGGACAAGGUUCCAGCUCCAUCUGGUCCAACGUCGAUCAGCAGCUUGCGAGGCUCCGAGCUGGAGGCGCGGAUUAUACCCUGGCGUUCUAUGACCUUAUCUAUAAUGAAGACAGCACGGCUUUCACUGGCGAUACAUUCUUUCACGAGUUGAGAGACGAGGUCGAGUUGCGAUUGCCAGCUGAAGCCGACGUCAUUGCCGCCGCUGAACAAGGUCCCGUUGCGCUCUUGGCAGCAGCAAAUCCGGGAGUAUGA